AAAGAUUUAUUUUUUUCCAUCGAAAAUCGUGAAGUUGAGAGGGCUUUUGUUAUUAUCUCGUUGGGAACGAAUAAAAUAAACACAAAGGUUGUCAAAAUAUUUUUUCUUGAGUUGUUUAGUCAGAGGUGCAAUUUAACUUUGAAAGGGCUUUUAAAUUUUUUCUGAUCCUUUUUGCUUGUUGCAAGAUGCCCAAGAAGUUUGCCGGAGAGAACAGCAAGGCGGUGGCGGCGCGGGCGCGCAAGACCGCCGCCAAGGAGCAGGAGGAGUCGAAGCGCGCGAAGCAGCUCGAGGAGGAGCUGUGGAAAGACGACGACAAGCACAUCCUGAAGAAGCAGCAGAAGAAAGAAGAGCAAGCUCGGAAGAAACAAGAGAUUCUGGCCAAGAAAGCGGAGUCGAAGGCUCUCCUGGAAGAGGAAGUUAGUUCCAUCAAGCCUCCAACCAAACAGCCUAUUUCCAAAAUCACCCAGUUUCAAAUUCAGGCUGAGAACACGAAGCGCCAGGCGGCGGCGGGCGGGAAGGUCAAGGAGCCGGUGACGCACAUCGAGAAGCCCUUGGAGGAGAACGUGAACAGGCUACAAGUCGAAGGAGACGAGGCUCGAACCAUAGACGAGGCCAUCGCAGUGCUCACUGUGGGGGAGCCUGAAGUUGACAAACACCCCGAGAAGCGCAUGAAAGCAGCGUACACAGCCUUUGAGGAAGCAAACCUGCCCCGCAUCAAGUCUGAAAACCCCUCCCUUCGUCUGACUCAGCUCAAACAGAUACUGCACAAAGAGUGGUUGAAAUCUCCGGAAAACCCCAUGAACAGAAAGUUGAGUUCGUAGGAGGGUUUAUUGUGGGGCGGACAUUUCGAGUUAAUUUCUUGCAACAUAAAAAGCAGGUGAAAAAUUGGCAAUCUAAUAAAAAUCAGUAAGUUCUCUCUAACUUAA